GGAUCGCCCAAUUGGCUCAAAGUGCGCACCGCCAGCGUUUAAAGUGCAGACCGGGCUAAUCAUUCAUUUAUAGGCAACAUUUAUUGAACAUUUCGAUAAAAUAAAAUACAAGCGUCACCCGCUUGUUUUGUUUGAUUCCCCAUGGCCAACAACUACAGCCUGUAAUAAUAUACUACAUAAUUAAACACGGCGCAAUCUUAUCGACGCUUACUUGGACUCCGUUGGCUUUAUUUUUUUUAUGUGCGGUGCCGGCGGAAGUCUUGGACGGCAGUUGGCGAAACAGCAGCAAUCCGGACGGAAGCGAAUUGCAAUUGUCACCAUGCGAUCUAAAGAUCUCAUUUCCAUUGCGGACGCCGAUCUGGCAAGUUUUCCGGAGGAGGAUCAGAGUAACUAUGGCGUUUGCCUCGAGGACUUGCAACUGUUUGCCCAACUGGAAGAUCUUUCCGGAGAAAGGGGACCCAUGGAGAUGGAUUUGGAAUGUGAUCUCUUGGAACUAGUGAAUGGAGCUCUCCAGCAGCGGAACACCGCUGAACAGCAACCACUUGAUAUCCGUAAGCCAAAGCGGGCUCCGACCACUAGGCGAAGUCAGGGAGCUGGAAAGGAUCACACCUGCGACGUGUGCGGCAGACGCUUCUCGGAGGCCUACAAUCUGCGCAUCCACAAGAUGACCCACACGGACGAGAAGCCGCAUGUUUGCGAGGACUGCGGCAAGGGAUUCCGGCAGCUGAACAAGCUCCGCAUCCAUGCGGUAACCCACACGGCAGAGCGGCCAUUCAAGUGCGAUAUUUGCGACAAGGGAUUUCGGUACGCCAACUACUUGGCUGUCCAUCGGCGACUCCACACUGGCGAGAAACCCUAUCCAUGUCUGGCCACAGACUGUCAUCUCUCCUUCCACUCCAUCCACGCCCGUCGCAUCCACACAAAGCUAAGGCAUUCGGCGCAAACGGAUCCGGACCCCGAGCAUCCGCUGGCGGAGGAGGAGCAGCGGGAGCCGUCCGUGCUCAGCUUCACCUGCCCGGUUUGCGGCCGGGUGCUUACGGAUCAGUGCUACCUGAGCAUCCACCUGAAGAGACACUACAACCAGCGGGACUUCGCCUGUCCGCAUCCGCAGUGCGAAAAGAGAUUCUAUAGCGCCUCGGAGCUGAAGCACCACCAGAUCUCCCACUCCCAGCUGCGUCCCUUCGCCUGUCCACUCUGUCCAGCUCGAUUCCUGCGCAAAUCCAAUCACAAACAGCACCUCAAGGUGCAUGAACGCUGACGAAAAAGUCUAAUAUACUGUUUACUACCAGUUUUAACUAUAACUAUUGUUUUCUCUAAUUCUAAAAUACUUGUAGCUGGGUAAAGGCUUGCAUGUUGACCUACGUAAAAAUAAAAUAAUACCUCCAUCAAUUUUAAAUAAAAUAAUGUUUUCCAUCAUUAAAAAAUAUAAACAUAUUAAGGCAUUACAAUAAUAAUACAAUUCCCAUCGUACUUGGUGUUAUAUUUAUAUUGUAUAUAAAUUAAAAUCUAAGAUUGAAAUGCAAGGCUUCCACCUACCUACUCAAAUCCAAUCCACCAAAUCUGAGAUAAUCCCCACCCAAACCUCCUCGAAAGUGAGCUUGGGCUGGGCCUUCCAUUCAAUAUAAGUGUUUAUUAAUAUAUACGAAUUCUGUUUGUCUUUAUCUGCAUGCUUGCAUAUUAGAUAUAUGUAUAUAUUUGUAUUUAUACUUUAUAAAGUUACGGGUACGGGGUUGCUUGUUCUGUGGUUGUGUCCUCGUACGAUCCUGCCGAUCGGGUCCGAGGACUGUCGACUGUUGCUGUACGUACGCCUUCUUUGCUUUGUUUCGUUAGGC